UGGACGCCAUAAUUUAUGAACAAAGAAGUGCCCUUGGGGGGCGGGGCAUCAUUGCUACAGAAUAUCCUUAUAAGUCGUUUUCUGAAGCUAACGGCUCUUAUUGUAGCUCAUUGCUGGGGUUGCUGUGGUGCUCAGGAAGCUUUGAGGUUGGAGGUUUCAUCUGCCGCCUUACCGCUUUCACAUCUAACUUCACAGGAUCAGACAAGAAUGUCCAGGAAGGUGGUACGCACCAGUAAAUUUCGGCAUGUCUUCGGCCAGGCAGUCAAGGCAGACCAGUGCUAUGAUGACAUCCGCAUCUCUCAGAUGACUUGGGACAGCAAUUUCUGUGCCGUCAAUCCAAAGUUUGUAGCCAUGAUUGUGGAAGCCAGCGGAGGAGGAGCCUUCAUGGUGCUGCCGCUCAGCAAGACAGGCCGCAUUGACAUGUCCCAGCCUACAGUCUGUGGUCACACUGGGCCAGUCCUGGACAUUGACUGGUGUCCACACAAUGACAAUAUCAUCGCCAGUGGCUCUGAGGACUGCAGCGUAAUGAUUUGGGAGAUUCCAGAAGGGGGCCUGACUCGACCGAUGACGGAGUCUGUUGUGACCCUGGAAGGUCAUUCCAAGCGAGUGGGGAUUGUAACAUGGCACCCCACUGCACACAAUGUACUACUCAGCGCUGGUUGUGACAAUGUUAUUAUAAUCUGGAACGUGGCUAAGGCGCAGCCAGUGAUCACGCUUGACUCCCUUCACACGGAUAUGAUCUACAGCGUGGCCUGGAACUAUAAUGGCAGUCAGAUCCUCACUUCAUGUAAAGACAAGAUGAUCCGAAUCAUCAAUCCACGCAAAGGCAAUAUCAUUGCUGAGAAAGAGAAGCCACAUGAGGGCAGUCGGCCUGUUCGAGCCAUCUUUGUCUCCGAUGGAAAGAUUCUGACCACUGGGUUCAGUCGAAUGAGUGAAAGACAGGUGGCGCUGUGGGACCCGAAUGCAUUUUCGCAGCCCUUGACCCUACAGGAACUGGACACGAGCAGUGGAGUGCUGCUUCCCUUCUUUGAUCCCGACACCAAUAUUGUCUACCUGUGUGGAAAGGGGGACAGCAGUAUCCGCUACUUUGAAAUCACAGAUGAGGCACCCUUUGUGCACUACCUGUCCAUGUACAGCAGCAAGGAGUCGCAGCGUGGCAUGGGGUACAUGACAAAACGUGGCCUUGAGGUGCACAAGUGUGAAAUUGCCAGGUUUUACAAACUUCUCGAGCGCAAGUGUGAGCCCAUUGUAAUGACAGUCCCCAGAAAGUCUGAUGUAUUCCAAGAGGACUUGUAUCCAGACACGGCUGGGCCUGAGCCUUCUGUGGAGGCAGACGAUUGGUUCUCAGGGAAGGACGGGGAGCCCAUCCUCAUUUCCCUGAAGGACGGCUUUGCCCCCACAAAGACCAGAGAAUUCAAAGUGAACAAAGCUCUGAUGACAAAGCCUGUCGCCAAAGGGGCUGCUGGCAGUGACUCAUUUGACGUCAACAGCCUGAUUGAGGAAGUGAAGAAACUGAAGGCCACGGUACAAGAACAGGACAGGAGGAUAAAGGAGCUGGAGAUGAAGGCAGGCUUGUAGGUGGAGGGCAACCCGCUUAGCAGCGCCCUCUGUCACCUCAAACCUGCUCUGCCUGCUUCCUUCAUUUGAAUUUAUGGUUUCUAAUAUAUAUUUGCAGCACUGUGUUAAUGCUGCUCUAAAUGUUUUAAGACAUUCUGAAAUGUAGCAGACUGGCAGAUGUGAUGUUGUGGGGUGCAUUUUUGAGAUUAAAACCAGAAGAUGGCACCAAUUUGUCACUCCACAGUUAAAAUCCCAGAUCAUUAUGAAAUCCUGUUUUGCUCAAAAGAUACUUUGUAAGUUUGUGCUGCCCCUAAUUCCCGGUUAAUUCCAAAAUGUAUGACGCUCCUCCUUGUGAAAUAAAACUCUGCCCUUUUCCAA